GCGCAUGCGUGUUUUACAUCGUCAGAUUUAUAUUUCGAAAAGUAAACAGCUGACUUUACCGGAGACCUUUUAGCUGUCCGAAAUCUUUCACCGUUCUGCAUAUUUUAGUGGAAAUGAAAUGUUUUGCUGCUGGCUACCAGCAUCUGUAGAUCCAGUCUUACUACACUUGCUGUUAGCAGUUUAACAGGGUGUAAGUGCUUCAAGUUAGAAGUCGCAUCACGUCAUAAACACCACACCAUCGACUGUCAAGAGGGAUGAGAGCUUGGAGGUCAUUUUUGACCAAGAUAAAAAGCAAUUCAUAUCAUGUGAUCUGCGGUACAUCCAGAUAGAGCUACCAGGAAUAAUUUAAUGUUUCCAAGGACAUUUGUUGUAUAGAAGAUACAUAAUUCAUGAAAUGAGAAAAUGAGGGAGCAGUCAACCAUUUGUGCUGUAUUUGUGUAUUUAUAUGCACAUCUUAUAUUGAAUAUGAAAGCAACUUGUCGAUCUUCAGAUGCAUAUCAUCACUAUGACGUCUGAUUUUACUUGGAUACAUUGAGAUAUCCUCAUGAAGCAAGCAUACAUUGUACAUGAAGACUACAGCUGAACAAGUCAUUUGAUGAGGCCAAACAUUAUUGGCUAUAUACUGUACAUUAAUGCAAAAUGCAAUCUUCAGACUUUGCGGAUUAUGUUCGUCUGACUGAAUUUUGAAAAGAGAGGAGCAGAAUAUUUUUAGGGUGUACUGGUUACUAUGGCAACCAGUGGCAACCAGAAAACACCCAUUCAUGAUAACCUCAAUGAUGCCAUCUCUCAUUUUCAACAACAGAUUGGUGCUUAUGACAAGGAAUUGUGGGAGGAACACGUUGAACAAAAAGAAUCGCAGGGUCUUGGAGUGCAUACGAGUAGUGCCCAACUAAAGACCGGAAGAGUCAAAACAGAACUGAUUGAUGUUGAUUUAGUGAGAGGUUCAACCUUUACCAAAGCCAAACCGGAACAUGCCUGGCUUGCCACAACGUGGAAGGGCCUUCUUCGAGUGUUCUUCUUUCCCUUUUACUUCACAUGGUGGAGGCAGCAGCUAUCAGCAAGCACAUUCUAUUCAACGCUAGUCCUAUACUUUCUACAACUUGUGUGUGUCACAAUCUUCUAUGUUUUUCAACCAAGCACAGAGCAGCAGGCCAUCUAUGUGUUUGAAGUCAUUGGUCCCAUUCUACUGAUGCUGGUUCUGGGAACAACAUAUACUCAGGUUGUCUCUACAAAUGCCAAAACAAAGUCAUUGUUGAGAAGAUCAUCUCGAAGAAACUUGCAUCGUUCACAGAGUGCCAAGGGUAGCAGCAGUAAAACAGCAAUCAGCCGAACAUCACCCAAAAAGACAAGGGAAAGCCGUGACAGAGUAAAGCCAACUUCACCUAAAAGAAAACCAACAAUAAAAACUGUGCACGGGUCCACAGACAACAGCCCUUCACCCAAUUCAGACAGUGGAGAAAGUCUCUUAGCAAACGGUACGGCUGUUGUUGUUGGGAAGGGGAAGAAAUUGAGUGGCGAAGUUUUGCAGAAUGAGGAAAAUGCAGAGAAGGAGGACAAGGAUGGUCAUACCAAGUAUGUACCGUUGGAGGGCGGGGAGGAGAUAUCUGGGCGCGCUGAUGAGGAUUUCACCCUACUCAACACCCCCGUGAAUGAAAUGGAGGUGACUGGGAAUCUGUUGUCUGUGGAAAGCCUGGCCAGUGAAUCGGGGGAAUCCCCAACGUCCAUGUUGGAUCGAGAACUGGAGAGUAUCAUCAAGGCAUCUCAUAGACAAACUCACACGACGGAAGCAUACAGCAGGAGGAAUAUGAAAGACUCAACAUCUCCUUCUCCAAAGAGCCUGGUGCAGAAGCCUAGCACCAGUCCGUUAGGGAUGGCUCCCAGGUCAUGUCUCUCUUCUAGAGAUCUGAGAGAAUCUAGAAAGAAUAGAUUGACAAGAGUUUCAAUACUAGAAAAUGCAAGAAAAUUUUCACCAGUUGAAGAGGAGAGCCCUCAGGAGAUCCUACAGCACAUGUCAGACAGUGAGGGUACACCUUCAGACAGUAACCCAAUCAGUCUGACCGUUGAGGAAGAUACCCUGCCCCACGCCAGGGGGAGAGCUGCUGCUAGGAAGGGUCGAAGGUCAAGGGUUAGAAAGCCUGAUGGGUCACAGGAUUCGGAAGGGGAUACGUCGCCAGAUCUGAGGAUGGAAAACGAGCAAUACUUUCAGCCGAUAUCCCGUCCCACGGAUUCUGACUUUGAUGAGGGUAGUUGGGAGGAGACUGGAGCUGAAGGCUCCAGUUUCAGCAGCGACUCUGCUAACUCAUCUGAUACUGGCUCCUCCACCACAGACGAAGGAGAGGAGGAGGGGAAGGAGUCAGGGGGAAAAGGGACUGGAUCAUCACUUCAUUUUGAGGAUCCCUUCAAGCUAAUCCAUAGUGCAGUCAGUUCUAGUAGUAUCUCAAGCAGUGGAAUCAAUAAAGUUCGUGUGCGUAUCUUUGAAGAUAAUGUCUGUAAGAAGACAGACAUGACUGUUCUUCAGAUCAGCUGUGCAAUCAAUACCAAGGUCCAUUCCAUACAAGCCAGCACUGAAUAUAUCAAGCUUGGAUUCCUGUGUUCAUUUAUUCUUGCCGUUAUACCAUUUACAUACAGGAUUCACAUAACCCACCACCAAGAUGAGAGUCAGCUGGCAUGGAUCUCGCCUCAACUUCCCAUGAUGGCAGUAGAUACAUUGACCCACAUGCACUGGGCUAGUAUCGUGGUCAUGGUGCUGACAUCCUUCGAACGGUUCUAUCUGAGCUCACUCUUCUUCUUCCUUCUAGCGGUAGCAGAAAGAACAUACAAGCAGCGCUGUCUCUUUGCCAAGUAUUUCUCCCACCUGACAUCUGCUCGUAGAUCAAGAAAAUCAUCCCUUCCUCACUUCAGGUUAGAUAGGGUUAGUAACAUCAAGGCAUGGCUCUCUCUUAGAUCCUUUCUCAAGAAACGAGGACCUCAGCGAUCAGUGAAUGUCAUAGUAUCGUCUGCAUGUCUCCUGACUCUCAUGUUGGUGUCUAUAUUGUGUACGGAGCUCCUUCAGCGGAGUAUGAGCUUCUUGGUCGAGCUGUACAACUGGGAGGUGGUUGCUUGGACCUUCUGUCUCAGCCCAUUCCUCCUGCGUUUCAUCACACUCGGUUCAGACAUCAACAAGAAAUUCAGAAAUACUUCUGUCUUACUAACAGAGCAGAUCAACCUGUACUUAAAUAUGGAGAGGAAACCUCAGAAGAAAGAUAACUUGAUGCUUGCCAACAAUGUACUUAGUCUUGCUUCAAAGCUGUUAAAGGAGGUAGAGACACCGUUCAAGCUGUCUGGUCUGUCUAUGAAUCCAGUCCUCUACAAUAUCACCCGGGUUUUGGUCUUAUCUGCCUUCUCCGGGGUUCUUACUGAACUUCUUGGAUUCAAGUUAAAGUUGUGGAAAAUCAAGGCCUGAAUUUCAAGCAGAUGUCAUAUUUUACUGUGACGAGGCAGUUUGAUGGAAGGAGAGCUGCAUGAGCAAUGGUUCUCUUUCGUUCGAUCUCUGAAGACUCCCGUCUUGUCAGUUGUAUGCUACAUGUAAAUAGCAUGCAAUAGGGCAGCCAUUUUGAAACAGCGUACCCAGAGUUUUGAGAACUAUGACCUUGGUACUGGAGCUAUGGCAAAACCCCAGUAGAAUCGCCACAGUUUUUGUCUUAUAUUAAGAUUUGCCAUAAGGAACUCUGGCAUUUAAUGCUAUGAUUAACUCUGGCAAUUUUUCUUUUGCCAGUUUCGUGAUUUUUUUUGCUGUAAAAAAAAAAUCUAGCAAAAGUUUUAUGCCAUUGGGCCCUAAUAUUUGCCAUGGUUGUUUUCACCCAAGUUGUGAGAGUCUGUGCUUUGGUUUCAAAUCGUGUGCAUGUGCUGUCCAUUUUCUUUGGCUUAAAAAGUGAUUUGAAAAUAUAAUCACUGGACCAACAAUGAAUUCGUACAAGAAUCUGGAUAAGUAAGCAGUUAGUCCUGCUAAAUCUACUUGGAAAACUAGUCUAUGUCUGAACCAACAGUACCUGGACUAUAACCAAGAGGGCGAGGUCAUGUAGUCUAGACUAAAUCCUGCAUUGUGAUCACUGAAAUUUUUUGUUUAUAAAAGUACUUUUGAAAGUAAUCUUUGUGAAAGCUUUGCAAUUCUUUGUAAAACGCCAGAGAUAUUUGUUUACUGUUAACGAUUGCUCUGUGCUCAUGAUGCCGUGUAGUAGCUUUAAUCAAUCCCAUGUCUGAAAUCUCUAAUACCUCAUUGCUUAAAAAUUAUAGGCCAAAUAUUUAGUGCUUAAAGAUGAAGAUGGUAUUAUUCUAUAUCUCCUAGCUUUAUGUAAUGUAAAUGUAUGAUGUCAUUGACAUACUUAACCAGGAAAGUGACAUUCAAUAUCUGAUUUUAAGUCCCAUCUUAAAUUCUUUGUGCAGUAAAAUAAGGGAGUUAUUAAUAAUACGGUAAUAAUUGUUUGCCUGGGAUAGCCACUUCAGCUAUUGCUUAUUUUCAAGUGGGCCCUGUAUAACAUAAUGUUAUUACCCGUUUCCUUUCUUAAAAGUCAAGUGCCUGACAAGAAGGUCCCAUUUUUUAGGUCUAUGGUAUAACUCUGCCGGGGAUUGAGCCCACCCCCUCCUGUCCAUGAGGCGGGUGCUCUACCACAGAUCCACAGCAUGUCCAUAUGUACAUUUUAUGAUUUACAUGUAUGCAUUCCAGAUUAAUAUGACAGAGUGACAUCACAACAAGAGCGCACAUGUAUACCAAAGCGUAUGAAUUGUAGAGGGUACAAUGAGGACCUAGAUAUUUACGUUAUUUACUUCUUGUUUUGUAGGGUAUAAACUCAAGAUUUACGUUUUACUGCAUUCCACUUUGAAAAGCACUUGAUAGUUCCCAUCAAGGAUGUAGUUGAUGCCCGCAGUUCUGCAUCAUGAGGCCACUAGAGAAAACCUUGACUCUGGUCGAGGCCAGCAAAAUGUGGCCUGGAGGCUGGCGUUGACCAUAUCCCUGGUUCCCAUAUUCAACAUUCUUGAUUCUACCAGUAUUUCCAUUCUUAAUGUUUUGUAGAUCUAUGAUAUACUCUUUGCCGUGGUGCUUUUGUGAAUUGUGAGAAGAAAUAUUCCAGCCAUUAAUAUUGUUAUCUUGACCAAAAUAGAGUAAUAUUUAUUCACAGCAUUGUAGAUUUUAAUUUGGUUGUAUGUGAUAGUUUUUGUUUGCUGUUUUUAUUAUGCUCCAUAGCAUACUGGUAUGCUUUAUUAUUUGUUAUUUCAUUCUAAAUAUUUUAGUUCAACACCACCAAAUUUUUUUAAGUGAGGCACAAGCUUAAUAAAAACGUUUUUAGUAUUUCUGUUUGAUACUUUCUAGUCUAGGAAUAGAACGGAGAACAUAAUUUGAUCAAGAUGAAGUUUAUUAUGUAUGUUGAAAUUGGCAGAUGAGAAUUGUGAAAUCAUGUUCUUUUUAUUCUAUUAUUGCGAUAUCCAUGUUUCCAAGCUAUCAAGAGACGUCAUCUAUGCAUCAUUUUAUUGGGUUUUUUUUCUCUUACAUUAGGAAUGUAAAUUUUAUUCCCUCGCAACCAAUUCUGAAUAUUACUUCAUUUUAAGUUUUCAUGCAGUAGAUUGUUAUUUUAUGUUAUAUUUCAAGUUAGUUGAUGAUGUUGGCUCAACUGAUAAUAGGCAAUGUUUCUUGUCAAGUCUUCAGUAUUAAUUACAAAGUACUAUAAUUUUUAUAUUUCAAAAAAAGUAUGUUAGUGCAUUUCCUCUUGUUGCCCCAUCCAUUUUUUAGAAAUAUAAAUCUUUCAAGAACAAUUUUUCAUACAGUGAAUAGCUGUACAGUGUUUUUUUUUUUUUAGGCAUAGUACUUUAUUGUAUUUUCCUGUGGAUUGCUGUACAUGUAUGUACUCGCUAUCUUGCCGAUGCAAACUACAUACAGCUUGCCUCGAAAGCGAUAAUUUGCCCAUCACCUCCACCAACGGUGACUAUUUGCUUAAUUAUCCUUUUAGAAUUGGGGACACAUGGUUCUCCUGAUUGCAUUUAUACUUAAUUUUCUUAUUUGAACUCAUUUGAUUAUUUGUAAAAUACACUGAUUAACAGUGUUACCCCCAAUAAAAAGCUUAUGCACAGGUGUUCUUCUGUAACAAAUGUUCUGAAAAGUGCAUGCAACAUUUUUGUGCAGGCAUAUCUGACAUACCAAUAUCAAUAAAUAUUGUAUGCAAAUGGAUUCCAUAAUGUGCAGUCAAGGGCAUUGCCGUUUCCAUGGCAUUUUGAUUGACAGGCGAGGGAUGACCCAAAUAUGAGUUUUAAUACUUUUUAAUAAUUGGGGUAUAGCUUAUUCUUAAAUCCGAGCCAUCUUUCCUUCCUCCUCCCCCCCCCCCUUUCUUUUUUUUUUCAUCACUUGCCAAAUCAUGGUAUGGGUGGGGUUGUCAUAUCUGUUCCCUGUUCUUUGGCAUUCAUUUAUUGAUAUCAAGGCGAUGAGAAACUUGGUUAAUGUGUAAUUUGAAAAAAAAUUUGUAAUUUCUUAUGAAGAUUAGUAAACCAGUGUAUUAAAGUUCAAAAUGUAAUAUUUUUUUGCCACUGCCCAAAGACUAGUCUAGACCAAAGUCACUCUUAAAGGAAACCUGUCAAUGUUGGGUUGUCAAGGGGAAAAAACAGAGCGAUAGACACUGUGCCUUCAAAAGGUGUGAUUUUUUUAUUAAAUAAUAUUAAUAAUCCGCAUUUUAUAUAACGCUUAAUACAUCGGAACGACGUGUCUAAGCUCUUUACAGAUUUAUUAUUACCCCAGUCAUUGGAUUCAAUCAGUCAUUCCAUAUUAUUACAUCAUUGGUUAAAUCAUUGUCUACACA